AUGUUUACUUCUACUCCGUACUGUUGUUUGAUUUCAGUACCCGUACGUGCAAGUAUGGUUGGUAUUCAUCCAAAUGCAAGAUGGUCACAAAAUGGUAUCACUGUUGCUGGAGGAAAUGGACAGGGCAGGGAAACCAAUCAACUCUGUCACCCAUGGGGUUUGUACGUCGAUGACGAUCAAUCCAUUUAUGUCGCUGAUUACUAUAAUCACCGUAUUGUGGAAUGGAAAUAUGGUGCAACGAAUGGCACAGUUGUGGCUGGGGGAAAUGGACAAGGGAAUGUAGAUCAUCAAUUAUAUAACCCAUAUGAUGUGAUUAUCGACAAAGAGAGCGAUAGUCUCAUCAUUUCAGAUCACAAUAAUGGAAGAAUAGUUCGAUGGCCACGUCGAAAUGGUACUCGUGGAGAAACAAUUAUUUCAAACAUCUCUGGCAACGGCAUGACAAUGGACGACAAUGUUGUUGCAGGUGGCAAUGGACCAGGAAAUCGUCUCGAUCAACUUUGUGAUCCUUAUUGUGUAUUUGUUGAUCGAGAUCAUUCAGUUUAUGUGUCUGAUAGUAGAAAUCAUCGUGUAAUGAAAUGGGAACAAGGUGCAAAACAAGGCAUUGUCGUAGCCGGUGAUCAAGGAGAGGGAAAUAGUUUUACACAAUUGACUGCUCCUCAAGGCAUCGUUGUUGAUCAAUUGGGUACUGUCUAUGUGGCUGAUGAUGGGAAUAAUCGAAUCAUGCGUUGGGCGAAAGGAGCCACAGAAGGAAAUGUCAUUAUUGGUGGAAACGGGCAAGGAACACAGUCAAAUCAACUUAGUGGUCUCGUAGGUUUAUCAUUCGAUCGACAUGGCAAUCUCUAUGUCGUUGAUCAGUGCAACCAUAAAGUACAGAAAUUUAAUAUCGAAUAA